AUGCCAUUGUUCUUCGGCAGCCGUGCAAACAACGGAUCAUCCAAAUAUGCUGCUAUAGAUAGCGAGACUACACUUGCAAAUGACAGCAUCGAUGGUCCCAAAACGCUUAACGCUCUGCGCGACGACCGUAACAUCAGUGAGCAAGAUCCCAACAGUACAGACAAGGGUCCAGCAGUCAACUACCGCGUCGUCGAAACAAGCCAUACAUCGAGCGAGAAGAGGAUGGGUAGCCAUGUCGCUCCGACAAUACCGGGCUGGCCGCAAGGGCCGCAACAACUGAAGGGCUUCACAUGGACCUUUCUUAUAGGCGAUACGCUCCUCCUGCUGUUACCACUCGCAUUCCUGGUACUAGGAGUUACUGCUUGGCGGCUGGACGGCAAAGAGCUGUCUGACACUGGGAAAAUGGUCGAGCGCGCCAUGAACCUCGGACCCACUAUCUAUCCCCUGGCGUUUGCUGCAAUCGGCGGCCGCUGUCUGAGAAGCGUUGCAAUUCGCCUUGCUGAGACAGGGACAACCAUAUCGACUCUUGAAAAGUUGCUAGGUAGUCAGAGCCUAGUCUCCGCUAUUGGGACUGCGUUCACCCUUCGAUCUGCCAACCUUGUCUCAAUAGCGCUCCUCUUGCUCUGGGCUCUCUCGCCCCUAGGUGGCCAAAGCUCUCUUCGCCUACUACACGAGACGAACUCCACAAGGACAGACGUGGACCUGAUAUACUACGCAGAUCAUGCGGCUCCUAUGGAUCUUGAAGGGAGCGGGUAUGGGCUCUCGACCGCACCAACGGUACUUGGGGCAAGUCUUGCUGUGUCAGCAGAAGUCAAGAACAGACCUGCAGACUUAUGGAGCCACCCCAAAAUACCCCGGCUGAGCGAACUUGAGAAGAACGCUUUGACAAACCCAGACGCCGAGGGAGCAUGGAUGGAAGUCGACACCACUUCGGAUCGGAUAUACUCUUCCUGGACCGGCAUCAACGUUCAAGGUCUGUUGCCAAACAAACAGGCUACUUUUCAAGUUAAAAGUAACUACAUGUUCCUCGACUGUCGGAAAGGCUAUGGCGAUACCUUCGACAGAGUUGUGAAGUAUCUGAAUUCAUCGAAGAUCAUAAUCAAUCCAAGGCUGGGCCCUGAGAUCAAUACAACGAGCCAAAUUGUCAACAACGGCACGGGGUUCGAGGAAAGCGGCCCAAGCGUUGAUUUUCAAGCCACCCUUGAGACUGGGACUUUAUACGGAAUCGGACAGUACGGUACCGAUCAGAGAUCCAGUUUCUUCCUCCGAGCUGCCUGGGAACCCAGCGACCUCAGUAAGGACAGCAAUGCAACUUUCAAGAGCAGCUUUCGCAUGGAUAAACCAUUCGACUUCUUAUAUGGCGCCUCUUACAACAAUUGGACGUUAUUCCAGUUACACGCAUGUACACCACACAUCGUCACCGUGGAGGCCCAAGUAGAAUGUCAAGCUAGGGAUUGUCAGGUCAUUCGAGUCCGCCAUACCCCCAACGAUGCUAAUAGAGAUUGCUUCAAUGAGCGUGAUCAUGUCAUAGGCUGUCUCACCAGAGGUACUCGUACUUUGCGCAAUUUUCUACGAUACUUUCCAACAGCAACGUAUGCGCGGCAUGCCUCCGGCUCAGUCAAUGGCUCAGUCAAUCCCUUCGACGAUUUCAUUGUUGGAAGCAAGCUGCCUUACGGGAAUUACACUGGGAUCAACAGCCGGAAUCUGAGCCAAAUAUCAGACAAGACGAUCUCCGACGGCCUGACUACAGUACUAAACACAUAUUGGCAAGCUGUAGCCUGGGGCGCACAGGUCACGAACGCGGCGUUGUUUGAUAAACCGGCUUCGACUGCACCCGAAGGUUACAUCAAAACUACCGAGGCUGUGUUUUCACAUCUGGUUCCAGUGUAUAAAGCUAAUAUCCGUUGGAUCGUAUCACUACUUCUUAUCACGACCGUCCUACUCUUUCUUAGCAUCGUCAACGUAGUUAUGUCCUUCAUAACUAUUGCUCCAGACCUGUUCUAUCACGCUUCGUCACUAGUACGCGAGAACCCAUAUACAAACACACCAGAUGGCGGCACAGCGCUUGAUGGUGCAGAGCGAAGUCGAUUGCUGAAGGAAAUAAGAGUUCAGGUUGCCGAUGUGAGCCCACAUAACAAGAUCGGAUAUGUGAUGGUGAAGAGCUUAGGCGAUGACGAGGACUUUCAGGACGGACGACUCAGGAAAGGACGACUGUAUUGGUAAGCAUGAUCUGUGACCGCUUCCGCGGACGCAAUGAAUCGGUGAAGGACAAUAGCACAGCAUUUACCGAC